AUGGAGGGAUCUCGAGAAUUCACCCAUAUUGUCGUGGGCGCUGGAUCUGCGGGAUGCGUUGUAACAGCGAGAAUCGCAGAGAAUCAAAACUUCAAUGUUCUUCUCAUCGAAGCGGGCCCGGAUUACGAUCCAGCGAAGCAAAGUCUACCUCUGGGAGUCCAGAAUGCUCGCCGAGUACCUAUGAAAGGUCAAUCUGAGGUCUUUGAUCCGCGGCUCGACUGGAACCUCGUUGUGGAUAUCCCCGGUGGGCGAUCAAUGCUGGUUCCGCAAGGGAAGGUUAUGGGAGGGGGCAGCAGUAUCAACGGAGGAACAGCACUGAGAAGUACCUCUGCUGAUUCUACAGAAUGGGUGGAGCUUGGUAACGAUAGAUGGGACUUUGAGAGCGUUUACCACGUUUAUCAAUCAAUGGAAGAAGACGAGGUGAGGGGCACGCGAGGCCCUUGUCCAAUCGUUCGAACGCCAGUAGAGGAAGUCGGCAAGAUUCAAAAUGCGUUCUUGGAAGGAGCAGCCACGUCUGGAUUCAGGCAAAUUCUUGACUUUAACGCUCCGGGGGCUGAGGGCGUCGGUCCCUCUCCUGUCUGUCGGCGAGGUGAUCGACGUAUCAGUGCCUCCAACACCUUCAUCGAUCCUAUCCGCGACCAGAAUAACUUGACAAUUCUGACUACAGCUCAGGUAGAGAGAGUCAUUUUUUCCGGAAAGAGGGCAACAGGAGUUGUUCUUAUAGAUGGCAGAAAGAUAUUUGCAAGCAAAGAAAUCAUUGUCAGCGCAGGACCUAUCUUCUCUCCGGCGAUCCUUCAGAGAUCGGGUGUUGGGCCCUCUGCUCUCCUUCAUUCACUGGGCUUGACAACUGUAGCGGACUUGCCCGUUGGCAAAAACCUUUCUGAUCACUUGUGCAUUCCUAUCAUGGCCAAACCAAGGAAAGGUGCCUAUGAAGAGGAUGAUUACUCUUUGCAGAUGCAGGCGCGGUGGUCCUCUUCUCUUCAUCCUGGGACAACAGAUCUUCAAAUAAUCUGUUUCAGUUAUCUCUAUGCUCAAGCGCCUGAUCCACAGGUCCAGCAUCGCGGUCUUUCGGGGACAGCAACUGGCCAUGUGGCUGGGAUCGGUUGCAAUUUAAACAAACCGACAUCGCUGGGAACCGUCACUAUAAAGUCCAAAGAUUCAUGGGAGGCUCCACUAGUUGCACCGAACUAUCUACAGACUGAUCACGACCGGAAAAUAGCUCGAGAAAUUGUCCGAAAGGCCUAUCGAAUUAUGACUUCUUCCGCGAUGCAGACAGUGCUUGAGCAGCCCAUAGGUCUCGAUGAUACAAUUCUUGACUCCGACCAGCUUCUAGACAGAUGGAUUGACAGUCAAUACUCGACGACCUAUCAUUUCUGUGGUACAUGUCGAAUGGCUGCCCGAGAGAAGGGCGGCGUCGUUGAUCAAAGUGGCCGCGUGUAUGGUGUACAGGGACUCCGAGUCUGUGAUUCCAGUGUCAUUCCGACUGCCCCUGCUGCCAACAACAUGUGGCCGACUAUGAUGUUUGCACAAAGAAUUGGUCUCAGCAUUAGAGAUGGUACGGAUGUCGCUAUACUGCAUCAAUCAAGACUAUGA